AUGAAUAAAACACUUACUUACAAAGCUGCACUGUUCAAAAAUGAGCGUACAACCGUUGAACGAGUGGAGAAAUUCAUCUCCGAACAUCACUUCAAAGAUUGCAACUUACGUGGUCGCCUUUAUGGGCAGUCAUAUCCGAUCCAUGUGAAACAUUAUGAUUUUGGUUCCGAUAUUGUAACAUUUCAUGAAGCUGUCGAAGCUCUUUCCAUUCGAGGUAUAGAAGUAAAUGUGGGAUUCAAGUUUGGUCCAACUUGGACAACGCAUUGGUUUCAAGUUGAUAUCACUCUACCCGAAAAUUAUACGAGUGAAACGGAAAUUGUAUUACGCUUUGAUCCUAACUGCGAAGCGCUUCUGUGGUCCGCAGAUGGUCAACCAAUAAAAGGUUUGUCACCGGAUUUUGGACGUACAGAUCUUGCAAUCUCUAUUUCUCCGACCACACAAAGAUUUUAUGUCGAGGCAUCAUGUAGCGAUCGAUUUGGUGAUGGUGAUGGUAAUGCAAUAGGACCUGUGAAGAUGGAUAAAUUAUUCGAACUGAAACGUUGUGAAUUAGCAGAAUAUCGUGCAACAAUUCACGAUCUUAUCAUCGACUUUGAACUUCUGUUGGAGAUGUCAAAAAUAUUACCAAAAGAAGGAGCAAGACGAUAUCAGGCAUUGUAUGUGGCUAAUGAUAUGAUUAAUUGCCUUGUUUUAUCAGACUUUUCACUGGAUGCACAAAUGGAAUGUCAUUUACAAGCUGAAAAAUUUUUUCGUCAACCAAAUGGUGGAAGUCAGAUGGCGCUGUAUGCAGUGGGCAAUUGUCACAUUGAUACUGCGUGGUUAUGGCGGUACCGAGAAACACGGCGAAAAUGUGCUCGAAGUUGGUCUGCAACUCUGCGUUUAAUGGAGAAAUACAAGAAGAUGAAAUUUGUAGUUUCACAAGCGCAACAAUUAGUAUGGUUGAAAGAGUCUUACCCAACUCUUUAUGGAAAUAUGCAAGAUUUCGCAGCUGACGGGCGAUUUGUCGCAGUUGGAGGAGCUUGGGUUGAAAUGGACGGAAAUUUGCCUAGUGGUGAGAGUAUGAUUAGGCAAUUAUUAUAUGGACAACGAGAAUUCAAGAAGUUUUGCGGUGUUUUCUCAGAAAUAUUUUGGUUGCCCGAUACAUUUGGUUAUUCUGCACAGCUCCCGCAAAUAAUGCAGCACUGUGGAAUGCAGUAUUUUGUCACUCAAAAAAUGAGCUGGUCAAUAAUCAACAAAUUCCCGCAUCAUUCAUUUCGUUGGAUUGGGAUAGAUGGUACAUACGUAAUCGCUCAUUUCCCUCCAAAUCAUUACGUAUCACAAAUUACAGUGAAAGAAUGUUUGGAUUCUCGACAUAAUUUUACAGACCACGGGCGUUCCAAUAUAGCAAUGAUGCUGUACGGAUUUGGGGAUGGUGGUGGAGGUCCGAAUGAAGAUAUGUUGAAAAGAGCUGAACGUUUAGCAGAUUGUGAUGGAGUACCUCGAGUACAGCAUGCAACACCUCAGGAAUUCUUCAUUGAGCUGGUGAAAGAUUUGGAUAAUUUAUGUAGUUGGAAAGGCGAAUUAUAUUUGGAACUGCAUAAUGCAACAUAUACUACACAAGCCAGGAUCAAGAAAAUGAACAGGCUGCUAGAAAGCAUUUUAAAAGAUCAUGAAUUUCUUCAGUCGAUGUCACUUCUUGAAUUUAAUGAGAGCAAAUCUCUCACAUCGCAGUGGCAACGUUUUUUACUCAAUCAGUUCCAUGAUGUUCUCCCAGGAAGUUGUAUUAAGGAAGUGGUAGCCGAUGCGGUUGAGAUUUACAAUGUUUUAUUGGACGAGCUUGCUGCUGAUGGUGGAAAACAAUUGAAGUGGAAAGAUGAAAGCAAUGAAAAAACACCAAAUGAGUGGGUAAUUAACAGUUGUAAUUGGCAAAGAAUUUUAUUUCAUAAUAAUCGCCUUCUACGUUUGGAACCGUUUUCUAUUAUGCAUUUGAACGAACUUGAAUUAUUCAACUUACCUUUGAGCAAUAAACCAUUGGCUUUAGGAGAUGAUAGCGAAUUCAAACUGCAAAAUCGUUAUAUUACUGCGUCCAUUGAUAAGAUGGGUCGCAUUACGAAACUAUUAGCGCACUGCGUGAACAAAGCGAACAGUGUUAAAGAAAAUUUCUCAGCAAUACCUGAAAAUAAGUUCGCUAAUCAAUUUGUCAUUUUUGAUGAUGUACCACUUUUUUGGGAUGCAUGGGAUGUAAUGGAUUACCAUUUGGAAACAAAACAAGUUCUUAAUUCGGAUUCGCAGGCAGUUAUAGUUAAGAAUACACCAUUGGAAGCUUGUAUUCGUGUGGAAUUUGCAAUAAGUGGAAAAAGCUCUUUAGUGCAAUAUAUUACUAUGUUUGCACAUUUGCCUUAUCUGAUUUUCGACACAACGGUGCAAUGGCAUGAAUCGCAUAAAUUUUUAAAAGUUGAGUUCCCAGCAAAUGUCUAUGAUAUGGAUGCUUAUUAUGACAUACAAUUUGGUCAUGUAAAACGACCAACGCAUCGAAAUACCUCUUGGGAUGCUGCAAAAUAUGAAGUUGUUGGACAUAAAUGGAUGGCUCUGACUGAAUUCGGUCGUGGCAUUGCUCUUUUAAACAAUUGCAAAUACGGCCAUUCGUGUACUGGCAAUACCAUGACGUUGUCUUUGCUUCGAGCAAGUAAAGUUCCGGAUGAUACUGCUGAUAUGGGAGAGCAUAGAUUUUCGUAUGCAUUGUAUCCUUUCAUCGGUUCAAUACAACAGCCUUGUAAUGAUUUGAAUUUGAGCGUCAUGAGAGCGGCUUACGAAUUUAAUAAUCCUACUCGCUUCGUUAAUGGUUGGUAUGCUAACAACAAGCUUUCAUCAUUUCUCAAAAUCGAUGGAAGUGAUGGUGUUGUUAUUGACACUGUGAAACCAGCCGAGGAUGAUGUCAAUACAUUGGUUAUCCGCUUAUUUGAAUCAUUCGGUGGUGGUGUUAGUGUAAAACUUAGAAUUAACCAUAGUCGUAUUGUUUCUGUUGAUUUGGGUGAUGGUCUGGAAAGAACAAUCUCUUCUUUAUCCAUUGAAACUGAUGAUUCAGCGAUAGGGAAUCAGUGUGAAGGUUUUGUUAGUUUAGAUUUUCGUGCUUUCGAGGUAAAAACUUUGUUGCUAAGAUUGUUUGCGCUAUGA